AUGGACAUUGGCCAGGCAGGAGGGUAUCCCGCGCGAUUCUGGACAGUCGUGCAGCACAUCUUUCUCACAGCGCUUGUCCUGGCGACGGAUGUUUUAUUCAAUCCCAAUGCACUAGACUCCGAGGCUCGAAAGGCCAAGGUGCUUGCCGCUUACAAGACGCUAGAAAAGUCGAAAGGGGAAUCUGGAUCACCGGUCCAGCGGGUUUAG